AUGGAGACUGGGCAUGACCCUGCUGAGUGGGGCACUCAGUUUGACCCCAUCGGGUACAGAGUCGGGGCUAGAUAUGCACACCCCCAGAGGCUAGAAGUGCACACAGCGACCCAGUACAAGCUGGUGUUUGUGCCAUUCACCGGGGUGGAUCACCACAAGAAGAGUGUGACAUUCGCAGCGGGAUUAAUUGCCAAAGAAGAUGUGGACUCCUACACCUGGCUGCUCGAACACUUCAAAAAGGCAAUGGGUAAAGUACCCGCGUGCACAGUUACCGACCAAGAUCCUGCAAUGAGAGUGGCAAUAUCGCGUGUUUUUGAUACAACACGCCACAGAUACUGCAUAUGGCACAUCAUGACAAAGGUUUGCGAAAAGGUAGGGCCUACAUUAGCAAGGAACGAAGAUUUCUUAAGAAGCCUAAAUAGUGUGGUCUGGAAUGAGACGCAAACAAUUAGUGAGUUUGAAGCAGCAUGGCAAACAGUAAUGGAAAAACAUGAACUGGUUGACCACAGAUGGUUUACCCACUUGUUUGAGAUACGUGAAUAUUGGAUACCAGCAUUCUUUAACGACAUGUUCAUGGGUGGCUUAAUGAAAACAACCUCAAGGUCGGAGUCAGAGAACAACGUCUUCAACAGCUGCACUUCCCCACAUCUAAGUUUAACGGACUUCUUCAUAAAGUUUGAGAAAGCAAUAGACAAACAACGCCACACCCAAACAAGGCUAAACGCAGAUUGUGAGGACAAAUUCCCAGAGUUGAAGACAACUUUAUUGCUAGAGCGUCAAGCUGCUACAACAUAUACAAUUGCUGUGUUCUAUGAUGUCCAAAAAGAGAUACUCGAAGCAUGCUUCUCAUCCCAAAUCAUUAACAAAACAGUUGAAGGAAACACUAUCAGACUUGAAAUAGAGGAUACAAACAAGAUGGUGUACUCAGUGGAAUACAAUUCUGCCACCCAGACAACACACUGCACAUGCAAUAUGUUCAAUAGGAUUAGACUACAGUGUAGGCAUGUAUUGUUGGCGUUUAAGGAUGCACGUUUGGAAAGAAUACCAGUACAAUAUAUCACUCCACGAUGGACCCGCAUUACAUGUUGGCCAUACGUACAGCUUUAUGCAAACCCUGAACUAGGCGAGCCUACAGAAGUUGUUAGUGGGGAUACACGAAUGGGUACCGUAUUCGAUGAGUUCUUCAAGUGUGUUGGGAACGCGUACGGUAACACUGAUCGAAUAACAGAGCUAGCACAAAUGUUGAAAGAGUAUAGAGAAAAGACAACAGAAAGCAUGCCGCAAAUGGAAACUAGAGCAAGGAAAAGUGGUAUGAUACGUAGCUUCUGUGGGUCAACCUCAUCACCAAACAUUUUGGUUCACCCCCCCGCCAUUGCAAAGAACAAAGGUUCGGGAAAGCGAUUGAAAUCAGCAAAGGAGAUCGCAUCGGAUGUAGCUGGAAAGAAUUGUGUGCCAUUUAGCCCUACUGCAUAA